AUGUGCAACGCUGUGGUCGAGACCUUGUUCCGGCAGCUUGACAGCUCCUAUCUUAUCUACGAGCCGACGGACAUGCCCAGCUUAAAACAGCUUACCCGGCGGUUAACAGACGAAAAGAUGUGCUCAGAAUCGCCAAAGAAGUACUUCGGACCAUUUGCAGACGAGCCACAUUAUGACGGUGUCGACCACUGCCUGCGAUUUGCUCUGCGGCUGAUGCAAGACAGCCAGAACAACUACCAUGACAACAGUGACGUACCCUACAACCUCGGCCUCCAAGGGGCCUGUGAGGUGCUGGCAUAUCUCUGCAAGUGGCACAUGAUCAGGUUGGAAGAAGAAAACUGGCUGGCAGACGGGAUGGGGGAUUUCCAAUGCUCGGACUUGGCGACCUGGUACACAAAAGCCUGUGACUAA